GCUACUGCGCAUGAGCGUUGGUAUGAACAAGCGGGUAAACAGCAGUCGGAAGACGCAGAAGCGUACACAUCUAGGUCUCUCUCUAUAGCUAGACGUAAACUCAAAGAAAGCUAGGAUACAAUGAAGAAACUGGUUGGCUUGAGAGAUGCGUUGGAGGACAAUUUCGAUGCUCUACAAAAACCGCCUCGACUUUUCGUGAAAUUGUUGAGUUUUGAUAGACAGACAGAAAUCAUGACUGAAGUCAAGCAUAAUUCAAUUGUUGCUAAGUAUUUUGCUGAUCAGUCGAGGACUAGUAGUCCAAACUUGAGUGAAAUUCUGGACGAGUUGUCUAGUAAGGCUGAAUCAGAGAAUGGCGACUCUGGCGACAGUCAAAGAAGCAUGUCUGAUAGUUCACAAUGUGGAUAUUCCAGCAGCAACAUGGGACAACUGUCGGAUGAUAGCUAUUCGUCAAGACUUUCAUGUGUUAAAGAAAGAUUGGUUCCCUCUGGUUGUAAUCCUGAUUAUCCUACUAGUUUACAUAGUCAACAUUCUUAUUCUUAUGAAAACAAUGCAUAUGGACAAAGUCAAGAGAACUAUAGUCAUCUUCAUAAUGGUGGCAUUGAGUCAGAUUUAUAUGAAAUGAGUUAUUCAAAUGUUGCUGCUGCUGCUCCUGCAUCUGGGUAUAGCUAUUACCAUCAUCAGCAUGGAAUGUCAUAUCCUUCAUUGAUGGGAUAUGCUCAGUAUUAUCCAAUGUGGCUCGUACCUCCUCAUGCUGCAAAUGGUUCGGUUCAUCAUCUUUCGUCUGGUUGGCCAACACCUGAAGCUAGUUUUCACAAUGAUAGUCUUAGUCAAGAUCAACACACUGCAGUUGCAAUGCCCCAAGAUGAAGAAGAAAUUGAAAACCAGCUUACAGUUCAUGCUGCUCAAAAGCAGCCACCUCAGACUGAAACAGAAAUGAACACCAUUGCUCCCUCAGAUGGUUCAUACAAUACAUUCUCUAGAGAACAGUUUCAUGCUAUUCCACAGCACCAAUACGAAAUUGUGGUUCUAGCAAAUUCAGGUAGGAACAAUGACUCAAGCUCUCUUCCUUUGGAAGAGCUCAUACCUUCUGAAGACAAAGAGAGUGAUGAAGAUGCCAUAGUGACUAGAGACUUUGCAGGAUCUCUUCAACAGCGAUCUUGGAAUCGUGUUCCAGCUACCAGAUCACGACUGCUAAGUGGAGGAAGUGGUAGUCAGUUAGACAUAAUUGAAGAGAAUAUUAGUGGGGAACAAAAAGAUGAUUCACAGACUGAAGAGACUCUAAGUGGAGCUGAACAGGAUGGUGAUUCAGAGUUGACGCUCACUGUUUCAUCAGAUGCUUCUGAUAUUGAACAAUAUCAGAAUGGAAUUAUGGAUAAGGUUGAGAUACCUGAAUCAUCUCUUAGUGGAGGUGGCUAUUUACUUGAUAGUCAUGGCAUGUCAGAAAGUUCAUCUGCAACAACUAGUGCUCAGUUGACUCAAAGAGCUUCUCUUUCGAGUUCAAGCAGAACUUGUCUGUUAGCUGUAAAUGAUGAGCACAAUAUACAGGCUACUCAUAUGGGCCCUAUAUCUCAUCAGUCAGUAGAAAAGGUUGUGCGACUAGAAGAAAAUGCUGCAGGCUGUCUGACUGUAAUGCAAAGUCAAGUUGUCAAUGACACUGCACUAACGAAUUCUCAACCAGAAAUACACAAAUCAACUGAUGUGAAUGUCUUCUCAAAGUUACAUGAAAGGGAGCAGUGUUUGCUAUGUGACAAAGCUGAAAUAGAACAGAAGCUUGAAAAGAUGUUUGUAAAUGCUGAAGAGUCAAAAGCCAAGUUAUGGAAAGAACUGGAAGAUUUCAAAGCUGCAACACAAGCAGAACAAGAUGCACUUACGCAGACAAUGGCUGACCUAGAAAAUGAACACAAACAAUUAACAAGACAGCUACAAGAGGACACUGCAGCAUGGGAGGAGAAACUACAAAACUUGAACACAAGCCAUUAUGAUGAAAUCUUGCUGGAGCUUAAUCAAGAAGAUGAGCGUCUCAAGUCUGAAGUUGAAGAUUUGACACAAAGACGGAAAGAGAUUGAUGAUCUUCGUUCAUCUAUUCAAACCAGAGAAGAAGCUUUGCUUUCUCUUCCACUACAAGUUGCCCAGAUGGAGGCUGUAGUAGACAAGCUUGCGAAAGCUUUUCCUAAGAAACGUUCAGAAACCGAGAAAGAAAUAUCAAGACAAAAGGCUCUGAUCGCUCGAAGGGAACUGAAACCAAGUCAUAAGUUGUUGAGGUUGCAAGAAGAUAUAAUGAGAAUAAAGCAGGAGCUUGAAGAAGUAAAUUGUGAUUGUAAUGAAAAACGUCAGAUUUUUACACGCCUUCAGUCUGAUGCUGAUGAAUUGAAGAAGGAAAAUGAACGGCUGGAAGGACAAGUGCGUUCACUUCUUUCACAAUUGCCAGUCGUUUUAAGUCAAUUGGAACAGUAUGAAAAACGAUAUAACAAGAAACACGGAGAAAACAACAGCCGUUAUAUCAUACAUCGGCUUGUCAAACACCAUCCUUCUGUUACACCAACUCUUGCAUCGGGCAGCCUUGUGUUUGAUGUAACUCAACUUGACCAAUCAUUUAAUCAUACUGUGCCACAUUCAAACAUGGCUAAGCCAAGGAGAAUGUCGUCUUUUCUCUCGUGAUCAAUAAUCAUAAUAGGCAAAACGUAUUUUAUAAUAUUUUCACUAUUAAAUGAUGGAUUUUGGAUCAAAACUACAUUUCUACGCAAUUUUAGCAUAUUUGUAUUCUCUGAAAUUAGUCUACAUAUUGCUUAUUCAGCAAAUCCAACAUUUAAACAUGGAUUGGUUAAUUGAGUUGUUUAUUGAAGUAAUUAAAUUAAUAGAG